UCUCUCUCAACAUCAGUUUGGCAUCAGUGGACAGGCAGGUAUUCCAGAUGAAUCAGAGGAUGCAGCUCAUUAGCGGGUGGUAAAUCAACCUUUUCAAACUGGAAGAAAGAUGCUCAGAGAGGGGCACGCCCGUAAUGCACUUCAACUCUCUCUAGGCAAACAGCACAUCCGUCCCCACCCUAGAUAUUGCUGUCUUUGGUCCGUGGAUUUGAAGAUGACUCCACUGGUGAUAUAUUUGACCCUGAAAACUAAUUCUUGAAUCUAUUCCCCUGGGAAAACAGAAGAGAGAUUACACCUGACCUAUUUUGGGAAGCUCCAAAAUAAUGAAGACUUGCUACUGCCUUACCCUAUGUAUCUGGACUUGUAUGCUUCAUACAGUUCACCCCACCCAGUUACAAGAAAGGAUUCCCUGGUAUUCCCAACCACCGAGGAUUGUGGGACUGUCUGGAAACGACAAGCAAGUUCUUCAUCAUCGCGUCAAAAGAGGAUGGAUGUGGAAUCAGUUCUUUCUUCUGGAAGAGUACACAGGCACAGACUCUCAGUAUGUAGGGAAGCUACACACCGACCAAGAUAAAGGAGAUGGAAACUUAAAAUACAUCCUCACGGGAGACGGGGCGGGCAGCCUGUUUGUCAUAGAUGAAAACACAGGUGAUAUUCACGCAGCCAAGAAGUUGGACCGGGAAGAGAAGGCCCUGUACGUGCUGCGGGCCAAGGCCAUAGACAGAAAGACAGGAAGACAGGUGGAGCCGGAGUCGGAGUUUAUCAUCAAAAUCCACGAUAUCAAUGACAACGAACCCAAAUUCGGCCAGGAUGUUUACACAGCCAGCGUGCCUGAAAUGUCAGCAGUUGGCACCUCGGUAAUUCAAGUGCUGGCCACUGAUGCUGAUGAUGCCAACUAUGGAAACAGCGCCAAAAUAGUGUACAGCAUACUACAAGGACAGCCGUACUUUUCAGUGGACCCCGAUUCAGGCAUCAUCAAAACGGCGCUGCCAGACAUGAGCAGAGAAAACAGAGAACAGUACCAAGUGGUCAUCCAGGCCAAGGACAUGGGCGGCCAGAUGGGGGGACUGUCGGGGACCACCACCGUGAACAUCACUCUGACCGAUGUCAACGACAACCCUCCACGUUUCCCCCAAAGCACUUAUCAGUUUCGUUGCCUGGAAUCCGUGCCUCUUGGUACCUCUCUGGGGCGGAUCAAGGCGAACGAUCCUGACCUGGGCAGCAACGCGGAGAUGGCCUACGGAGUGACUGAAGGAGAUGGAGCUGACCUGUUUGAGAUCAUCACCGACAAGGACACCCAGGAAGGGAUUUUAACUGUCAAAAAGCAGUUAGAUUUUGAAAACAAAAUGCUCUACGCUCUAAAGGCGGAAGUACGCAACACCCAUCUAGAUCCACGUUUCUAUCACCUGGGACCAUUCAAGGACACGGCCCUGGUCAAAAUCUUCGUGGACGAUAUCGAUGAGCCCCCUGUGUUCAGCAACAAUUCGUAUUUACUAGAAGUACACGAAGAUGCCAAAGAAGGCAGUAUUAUAGGGCAGGUCACGGCUCGCGAUCCAGAUGCCAUCAAGAAUUUAAUCAAAUACUCUGUGGAUCGACACUCUGAUAUGGACAGGAUGUUCAAUAUCCACUCGGGAAAUGGGUCAAUUUUCACACUGAAGUCCCUUGACCGAGAAGCAUCUCCGUGGCACAACAUUUCUAUAAUAGCCACUGAAAUCAAUAACCCAAAGCAAAGCAGCCACGUUCCAGUUUUCAUCCGAAUUUUGGAUAUAAAUGACCAUGCCCCAGAGUUUUCCAGAUAUUACGAAACCUUUGUCUGUGAAAAUGCAAAACCGGGACAGUUGAUUCAGACUAUCAGUGUUAUGGAUAAAGACGACCCCCCUCAGGGACACAGAUUCUUCUUUGAAUCAGUACCAGAAUUUCCUCUUAACCCAAACUUCACUAUCGUAGAUAACAAAGAUAACACGGCAGGGAUCCUGACUCGGAAAGAUGGGUAUAGCCGCGGGCAGAUGAGCGUCUACCUGCUGCCCGUUUUAAUAUUUGACAACGACUACCCGAUCCACAGCAGCACGGGUACACUCACCAUCCGCGUGUGCUCCUGUGACCGCCGAGGAAACGUACGAUCCUGCAACGCUGAGGCCUUGAUCCUGUCGGCUGGCCUGAGCAGAGGGGCUCUCAUCGCUAUCCUCCUGUGUAUCGUCAUCCUGCUCGUUUUAGUGGUAUUGUUUGCCGCUCUGAAGAGACAGAGGAAAAAGGAGCCAUUGAUCAUUUCAAAGGACGACGUUCGAGAUAACAUUGUGACGUACAACGACGAAGGUGGUGGAGAAGAAGACACCCAGGCUUUUGACAUUGGGACCCUGAGGAAUCCGGAAGCCAGGGAAGAGAGCAAACUGCGCAGAGAUGUCAUUCCCGAAACCAUCUAUCAAAUAAGGAGGACUGCCCCGCUGUGGGAAAACAUCGACGUGCAGGAUUUCAUUCACCGACGACUGAAGGAAAAUGACACGGAUCCAUCCGCCCCGCCUUACGAUUCCCUAGCCACUUACGCUUACGAAGGGAACGCCUCGAUAGCGAGUUCGCUCAGCUCCCUGGAGUCGCUCACGGUGGACGGGAACCAAGACUACGGCUAUCUAGGGGAGUGGGGACCCCGGUUUAAGAAGCUUGCAGAUAUGUAUGGGGGAGAGGACAGUGACCAAGACUGACCCCAGGCCCUGGUGCGAUAUUCGUGGAUGUAGCGUCUUUGUUCCUCGGUUCCGUGGCCUGCCAUCUCCAAUUUGAGCGAAAUGAAAUGGAAUCCAAAAGUCCAACAAAAAGUAGAUGUCGUCUUAGGGUUUUGCUUGACCAGUAAGCCCAUGUGACUGAACCCGGAUGGUUCAGGUGUAAUACAUUUGUCACCCUCUGCCUAAAAGCCUCUAAAGGAAUGUGUAUUGCAUUGGGAAUGAAAACUUUAAAAGGCUUUUUGUGCCUUUUCAAAGCGAUGGAAAACUUUAAAAUUUUUUUCCUAACUUGCUUACAAUCACCUUUCUUACUAGAUAGGAUAAUGUGCAACUGCUUUGUAACCUUACAUAAAUAUAUACAUACACACACACACAUAUAUAUAUAUAUGUAAAAACAAAAGAAAAAUGUACUGUUACUAUGACCGCCAUAUUUAUUGAGUGGAAGAAUGUCAGUGUGUUGAUUCAUUCAUGAUAUUUUUAUAAAUGUAUAUUUAUAUUUUUGUAUUUUUAUGAAUUAAACUGAUAUUUCUAAAAAUA